AUGUCGCCGGAGGCAGUACAUCGCAGUUUCGAUUACCCAAUAACCUUUCCUCCUGUCGAUCACAAACCUGCACUUUCUCGGCCUAGCAGCCCAUGCGAAGCCCUUCAAAGUGGAGUGGUUAAUGGCGGAAAUAUUCUCGACUUAUUAGAAGCUGAGAAGUCGACGAACAGGAGGAGCAAGCGGACAUAUCCUCUGGCGAAUAAUGAAGAACCGGUCUCUCUCGGGAAUGUCUGGCUAUAUAUGAACGAAGACAACGUGGGAUACCAGGCCCAAGGAAGUCUACUCAAACUCGAUUCGAACCCCGCAAGCUGGGAACUUAACGAGAAUGAUGACAUUGGACUGCAGGACCAUGGCCAAGGCCGCAAGAUACAUGAUUCUCAAUUGAUCACCCCUCCGGAAACUACGAGAAAGUCUAAAAGCAAAGUGUUAUUUGCUGGUACAGGUAGUAGCGUGGCUCAGCUGCCAGCGUUCAAGAAUCUUACAAUCACUAAGCUAUUGCUACCUCAAGGAAAAGUUGACGAAGGUGCAAUUCUCCACCUACAGGCCGUAAGCAAUCAUCAGAGAUGGAUGACAACGCAGGAUGCGGUUAGGUCGGGUGGAAAUGGGAUUGCGAAGACGACUUUAAACAAACUUGCAGCCUUCCGGCACAAGGGCAUUUCUCAGAAUCCUUCUGCUGACACUGCGGAUACUCAGCUAGUCCAGUAUCCCGGGCAAUUAGAAGAUGUAGCGUCGGAAGUGGCCCAUCGUUUAUCAGACCACCGCCUUGCUUCAAGUAGCGAUGGCCCUCUUAGACAAAGUCUCGAGAACACCGAGAUAAGUGAUCUCUCCUUUAGUGAACCCAAUCGCGAGCAUAGCCAAGCAAUACAGCCAUCCACGGAUGGAACCAUCGACGCCCAUCAGCGGACAAGUGAAGCUGACACGCGACUGGUGGGUGCCAACCAUGUGUUGACCAUUCCAACACUUCUAAGCAAACUUGAGACUCAUCAAGAGCAUCAGUUUGAUUUCUAUACACGCCAAACUCGUUAUGACAGUCCCACUUCUAGCGGCAACCAAGGGCUGUACAGCCUUCUAGGUAGCAGCGAUAUACUCGGAGUAGAGCCAGAGCUAGCACGAAAUGAGUCACAGAUGCUUCCAGUAGCUGUCGGGACCUUUCCUGAAGGCAUACCCUCAAAAAGUGCAGACAACACUUUUCGCCAACAUGCCAGUGAAUUUGGAGCUACAGGCAUUAACCACAGCCAAUUUUCGACAGACUUCGAGGCGGACGAGUUUACUGAAGGCUUGGACGAUGCCGAUCUUCUUGCCCACAUUUCUGGCGGUACGACUCCAGGUAUAGGCCUAACAGGUAGCUCAAAAUACGGGGAGGAGAACCCCUCUCAGCCCGAUCUCAGCAGUUCCAGUCAUGGUCAAAGGUGGCCUAAAUCCAGCUCCGUUCUCCAAAUCGAUAAAACGUCAGGAGAGCGGCUCGAAUCACUGGUGAACACAAUGGCCCCAUCUACAUCAUUUCCGCCGACUCGCAGCUUUAGCCUAACUGAAUACUCUAUAGACGCCGAGGAAGAGGAAGAAAUGCUGAAGUUACUCGACCCACCUGCUGGGGUUGUUCAGAAUUUCCAAGCGCCUGUAAGCUUUCAGCAACUUAUCGAAGAUGACUCUGAUUAUAAAGACGUAUAUGGUAGUUCUCUUCGCUUUCCUUCGCCACUAAAUUCACGGGAGCUCGAUAUUUCAUCAACAAGAGCAACGAACAAUCAUACUACUAAUGACAGUAGUGACCCCUCUCCACCGGCAGUAGAAAAUUGGACGAUCCUGUGCGGUAGUGGGAGCGCUAGGGGAGGGGGUAACAGUACUUGUGCGUUUCUAGGUAUCGAGCGUGGGAGAUCUUCGAUGCUGAUGCCCCCGCCUCAACACAAGAUGCCCGGUUAUACGGUAGCAGCAGCAGCAACAGCGACCUGGGACACAUCCAGUGCGAUCCCGGAUGACGCACAUGAAUACGAACCUCUCAGGCCCUUUGUGCGACUAGACCUCCCACUUCUAGUUCAGGAUCGUUGUCCUAUAGUCGGGGUAUCUGCUCAAUGCUUUCUCCGCGUCUGUUUCCGAAUUGGUGAGAUGUUUAGGGAGAGUGCUAGGUGCUAUGCGAGAAGCCAAGAUGCCGUGAUUGAGCUGUUUGCCCGGGUCACAUUUUCAUCCCACGACGCUCACACUACGGAGCAGCACUUUCAGUUUGCAGAUUUUUGGAGUAACAACACUCCUUUUCCAACUGGUAUCCUCAUGAACUACAAGUCUACUGGUCUCGUGGAGAGCGAAAGCAGGGUGUUCGUUGGCGCUGAGAAGGAGAAGAUGGCCAGGUGUUUGGGGAGGCUGAGAAGGGACCAAAAAAGCGCUACGGGCUGGGUGCUAAACAUUGCCAACAUCCGGGAGACUGAGUGGGAGGAAAUCAGAUGGACAAAAAGGAUUGUAGGUGCAGGCCAUGUGAAAUCGGAGGCGAGGCCAUCAUCAAAUCUAUGGCGCGAAGGAUGGACUUUACUCAGAGAGCCAGCGAAACUAGGCAUCCAGAAUACUUCAUUAAAAUCCGGUUUCCUGCCUACCCUGUACGCUAAUCCAUGUAUAAGUCAAGGGAACGAGAAGCUACGAAAUACAGGAACGACGGUACACCCCACCGGAACGAUGAGUAGACAUCGCUAUGAAACUGUCCCCCAACGGGACACAAGCUUCUCGUCACAGUGCCCCCAAAGCACCCAAAGCCCAAUAAUCCUUUCCCCGAUACCCAACUUUAACUCUGGUCUCCCGACCUCCAUUGCCUCCUCCAUCUCCUCCGCGCCGUCCUCGCCACCUCCCUCCUUCCACACCUACUCCUCGCCCCCUACACCCCGGCCUGCACCCAGCACUAUGACCCAAACCACCGCCAGCACAGGCAGCGGAAUGCCAGGUCCGUACGGGGACCUCUGGGGCGUAGCACCCAGCACCAUCGGCGGCGAAGGCCAAACAAGCAAUGACGCGCUGGCCACAAUCGCCGGCCUAAAGCAACGCGUGGAGUGGUUGGAGGAAUCAAUCGGGCGCCUCCUCCUCGAGAAAGAAACCCCGUCGUCAUCCUCUAGCAAAUGCGAAGAAUGCUCCCACCAGUCAGGUAAGCAAGAUAGAAAUAACUGCUGUGUGGUAUUUACGGACGCUUCGCCCGAUCUGGAAAAAGUUAUUGCGAGUAGUCGGUCGAAUUGCUGUGUUACGUUUUCGGCGAGCGAGAGGUAUAAAAAACAGCAGAGACGGAGUGGGUUUAUUCUUGCCAUGUUGGUGAUUUCUGUUACUAUUAUUAUGGUCAUGGUGCUUAUGAACGGGAAGAGGGCGAUAAAGGGGAAUGGCGAUUUUAGGGCUGAGAAAAAUUUCGAGGGGGGUGCUUGA